GGCAUCUAGAUGAUGAUGGGUUGCCACAUGGAUUCUGUACAGUCACCUAUUCAUCGACAGACAGAUUUGAGGGAAACUUUGUGCAUGGAGAAAAGAAUGGCCGGGGCAAGUUCUUCUUCUUUGAUGGAAGCACCUUGGAAGGGUACUAUGUUGAUGACGCCCUGCAAGGCCAGGGAAUCUACACUUAUGAGGAUGGAGUGGUCCUUCAUGGCACAUACGUGGAUGGAGAGCUGAAUGGGCCAGCCCAGGAGUAUGACAGCGAUGGGCGGCUGAUCUUCAAAGGGCAGUACAAAGACAACAUUCGACAUGGAGUUUGUUGGAUUUAUUACCCGGAUGGAGGCAGCCUUGUGGGAGAAGUGAAUGAAGAAGGGGAAAUGACUGGAGAGAAAAUAGCCUAUGUGUACCCUGAUGGAAAGACUGCAUAUUCUGGAAGGUUCAUAGAUGGAGAAAUGAUAGAAGCAAAACUGGCAACUCUGACAUCUGUCGAGGAUGGGAAGCCUCAGUUUGAAGUAGUCCCAGGCAGCCCAGCAUACAGUUUUGACAAAUCUACUUCAUCCUGCAUUUCUACAAAUGCACUUCUUCCUGAUCCUUAUGAGUCGGAGAGGGUGUAUGUUGAUGUCUCUCUCAUUUCCAGUGCUGGAGAAGGAUUAUUUUCGAAAAUCGCAGCAGAAGCCAGGACAGUUAUGUCCUUUUACAAUGGAGUGCGAAUUACACACCAGGAGGUAGACAGCAGAGACUGGGCCCUCAAUGGAAAUACAAUAUCCCUGGAUGAUGAAACAGUCAUAGACGUGCCAGAGCCCUACAACCACGCCGCCAAGUACUGUGCCUCGCUGGGGCAUAAGGCCAACCAUUCUUUCACUCCUAACUGCAUCUAUGACCCGUAA